CUCCGCUCCAUAGAAGUGCUACAGAGCCAAGACAGGGCAACCAGGAGACCAAUGCAUACAAGCAGAGAGGGUGCUUGUGGUGUGGUACACGGCGAUGGGAGAUCAGAUACGAGCGUAGGCCGCGGGCGCGUCCAUGGGAAGGGGAGUAGACCGAUAGAGAGCAACCCUGGGGCGGGGUCGCUCGCACCCGGCCGGAGAGCGCCACCAACAAGGAGCGGCGAGUGGUCGAAGACAGGGUCAACAGACAAGCGUGGUCAGGCGCCUGCGGGUGAUGGUGGAGCGCGUCCUCGCAACACCCAGCUUCGUCUGGAGGAGGAGGAUGGUGGUGACGUGGCCGGCCAUCAACAGGGGCCUGCAGCAGCGGCGGUGCCCGACGAAUGACUUCCAAGCUCUACGGCAAGGCGGAUGCCAAUGGCUGCCAACUAGCGCACGGUGACACGGAGGGGUGGGGUAGGUUUGUCCUGAGCAUUUACCCACCAAACAUGAUUGGAUGGGCAGCGCAUUCGGUCGAGGAGAUGUUGAGUGGGGCGGAGAGCGGCACCAUCCCCUCUCUGCGGGAGAGGUGGUUCCGGUCCUCGAGCCAACGGGGUCGGCCGCCACCCUAGAACAAAUUCAAAGGCAGGUGCCGCACAUGCCGGUGAGCAGUGCCGCUAAAAAAUCAAACUUCGGUGACUGUGGUUG